CAAAACACAACAAUAACAACAAAUAAAACGACAUUACGAAUGUGUUUCAUCCGGAUCGAAGUAAAAUACCAAUUCAAAAAUGAGAGUAACCUGUGAAGCAGCCGUGAUCGAUCGGACUGUGCAGCCUCAACCAAAGUGUCGUUUAAUCAAAUCUAUAAUCAGCCUAGGAUAUCACUCAAGUGACCAACAAAAUACCGAAAUGUUUUUGCUUCACGAAAAUCAACUGAAAAAGUCUGGUCAACGGUACAGAGUGGCACUGAACAUAGACAAAGUGUUCACAAAAUUCCUGAAUGAAGGAAAGGCAACCAUUUCGUUCAAGGAACCGUCACAUGAUCUGCUCAUUCAGUGCGACAAAGUCCGGUUAAUGGCUUUCAUGAGUUCACUGCGGAUGGGCUUGAGUGGUGAUCCGAAUUUCAACAAGUCACAGACGACUCAAUCGUUGGCACAGCCUAAAUUACAUGGUAAGAAGUUACCUCUGCUGAAGGACACUCCGUUUACGUUGAAGAACCAUGUGACGCGUAAAAUGGCCAUAAAAAAGCGAAGUGAAUUAGACAAAGGGAUACCACGAACUGUUGAGGAUUUGACUAUAUCGGAUUUGGGACUGCACCGUUUUCCAUCGAACAUUUUGCGGCUUCAAAAUUUGUCGGCGAUAAAUUUGAGCGAAAAUAGUUUAACGGAACUCCCUGCUGGUUUCGGAUCGUUGCCAUUGCGAGACAUUAAUUUCGCCCAAAAUAAACUGGAAAACUCAAAUUUCGCUUGGUUGAAGCAGGACACAAUUCGGAAGUCGCUGACAUCGAUUAACCUGAGCGAGAACAAGAUUCGUCAUUUCCCUAGGUGCUUUCUUAAACUCCCGAAACUAAAAGUGAUCAAACUAAGCAACAAUGAAAUAGAACGGGUUCCGUUCGCAAUCAGGGCGUUAAAGAACCUUAGAGAGCUCCACAUCAACCGAAAUAAAUUGGCAUCCCUUCCAGACGCGCUACGUUGGAUAUUCUUCGAUGUCGUGGACAUUUCGGACAAUCCGUUUCAAGGCAUCAACGUGGUGUCGAGGGAAGAAAUGGUGAAUCGUAUCUGUGUUAGACAAAACAUUAAUUUGACUGAAAUCUGUUUGCGGCGUGUCGUCGAAUGCAGAUUACCAUACACCUCAGCCACACUACCACGUAGUUUAAUAGAUGUACUGGAUGAAACGCCACUUUGUUCGUGUGGAACCAUUUGCUUUGCAACACCGAUCAUUGAGCGAUGGCGUGAAGCGCCAAUAAAUUCCAGCAGCACCGUUAAAACAAGUCUAGUGACAGCCUUUGCCGAUGGAACACUGUGUUCUUUGAAGUGUGUGAAGAGAUACAGUUAGAAUUGCAGUGAUUGGUGUGAAAUGACGCUCAAUGAAAGACAACGAUUAUUAUUAUGGAAUCAGCAAAACGGCGAACAGACCUUUCUCGUCAGCAAUGGCUUUUGUUUGGCGUGUGUCAAUGCACCUGCUUGGGUUAUUGAGUUUGUUUUUUAAUCGCUUGAAUCGCUUGGUCGACACGAUUUUAUUGAAUAAAAUAGCCAACACUGGAA